CCGUCAUGAAAAUUGGGUGCCUACCAAUUCGUCCAGUGAUUUAUGCUCUCGCAUCGGCCGGAAUCCUUCGUUCAGGAGCUCAAUUUUACUAUGGCCCUCACGGCAUUUUCCUGUCUCUGAUUCCAAUUGCCUACCUAUUCUUCAAUGGUUUCUUGAUUUUCGCCGUUGCCAAGCGAGACGUUAAACACCUCAAAUGGGCUCAAAGACUCACUAUGACUGCAACAAUUCUAUCAGUGAUCCCAUUUCUACUGUUCCCAGUCGUGUCUGCCAGCUUCUUUGCAUCGGGAGAAAUAGAAGCAAUAGAAAAGAACGGAACUCAUUUUCGUCCUGAACAUUACGGAAAUAUGACUUCCCCAGACUUUCGCUUUGUUUUCGGGGUCGUCGCCGGGUUCUGUGUUGAAAUUGGAGCCGCGUUCUUUAUUGCGGUUGAGCUCUUCAAGUACAUUCUUGUGAGCAGAAUCUGGCUAUCCGAAGUCAACUGGACCCUAAUGCACACCGGGGGUUUCCAGGCUCCAUAAAUCAUUGAUUUGAAAGGAAUAAACUAUUGUUAAC